AUGUCACUCGGGUCUCAGAUUUUGUAACUUAUCGUUUGGUUUCAGAUUCAGCUCUGCUCAUCACUGACUCAUUCCUCUCAGCUGUUAUUAGGGGGCGAGACGAAAUCAGUUUGACAGCACACAGCAGCAGGGGUAUUGUAAAAAGCUGAGUUUUUAUUCUUCGAGAUGGCUGGUCAGGCGCGCGUCCUUUAUGAUUUUGAAGGCCAGCCUGGCACAUCUGAACUAUCUAUUGUUACUGGUGAAGUUCUAACUGUCACUAGUAAGGAUGUUGGUGAAGGAUGGUGGGAAGGUAGUAAUCAACGUGGAGUUAGUGGAAUAUUUCCUGCAGCCUACGUUGAGGCUAUUGAACAAAAUUACAAUGCACCUCCUGCUAUGCCUCCUCCUCCAUUGCCUCAGAUAUACGUAGAGGAAAAUGUAGCUCCAGCGAUUCAACAGCAACAAUCACAGUACGACGAUGAUUGGGAUGACGACUGGGAUGAUGACGUUUCUGAAGCCAACCAAGGUAGCAAUCCGGGAAACCCUGCUGCAGGUGGGAGAAGCAAUAGCGACGUUGGUAGUGCGCUUGAUGUCAACAUGGCAGGGUUGAAAUUGGGAGACGGUAAAGGAACCGUUCGUAAAAAUUUGAACCGGUUUUCUCACUUCGUUAAAACUGGCGGAGAAGCUUACAUUCUGGGGGCAAACAAAGUGACGUCCACUGAUAGUGACCAAAUCCACAUCAUCGAAACCAACAACGGUAUCACAUGGGCUCCGAAUCCUCAACCUUACUCGUGUGUAGUGGCUUCACCAAAGAAAGAAUCAAAAUUGAAAGGCCUAAAAAGUUUCAUUGCCUACCAGUUGACACCGUCGUUAAACAAUAUCCAGGUUUCUAGGCGAUACAAACAUUUCGAUUGGCUUCACGAAAGGCUUGUGGAAAAAUUUUGCAUCAUUCCCAUUCCUCCCCUUCCAGACAAGCAAAUUUCUGGUCGGUAUGAAGAACAAUUUAUCGAGCGAAGACGUCUACAGUUGCAAUCAUUUGUUAGCCGUGUGUGUGACCACCCAAUUCUCUCACGCUCCGAUGUCUGGUUGCACUUUUUAACGUGCACAGAUGCCAAACGAUGGAAAACGGGCAAGCGGAAAGCUGAAAAAGACGAAGUAAUUGGCGCCGCAAUCUUUGGUGUUGUACAAGUACCAGAAAAGUCGCUUGACCCACUACAACUUGACUCUCAGACCGAAGCUUUUGGGCGUUUCGUGCAGUCGUUUGAUACAGCUGUCCGCAUGAUGCAAAGCAACUUUGCCGAACAAGUAAAACGACAGCAAGGUCCAUAUAAACGCGACUAUCAGCGUGUUGGCCAAUCAUUCAGAACUCUUGGCACGGCUAUGGAAUUGCUAGAGACAGCUCCUCUGACCAGAGCACUUUCCCAUACUGCUGACACGUAUGAUCAGAUAGCUCUUCUUUGUGAGGACCAACCACGAUUGGAUUUCGAGCCGAUGGGAGAUUUACUUCACGAUUAUCGUGGACUACUUGCCUCAUUUCCCGACAUCAUUACCGUCCACAAGGGGGCCCUUCAAAAGCGGCGCGAGUUGGAACGCUCCGCAAUUGAGGGUAAAACGGAAAACACCGUUGUAGUUCGUGCUCAACAACGAACAGAUGUUGUUUCCUACACGCUGCUGGCUGAAAUGUCCUAUUUCCAUCAGCAACGUGUCCACGAUUUUAAUGCAGCCGCAAAAAUCUUCCUACAGGAACAGAUCACUUACUAUCAAAAGAUUGUCGAUCAUCUGCAGUCCACCUUAUCCCAGUACAAGGAUGUCUAAGAAAAAACAACAACCGCAGUACUCGGAUUUUAAAGUCGCAUUCUUUUUUUUUUUUUUUUAAUUCCAUUCCUUCAUGCGAAUGAACGAAGUUUCUCCUAAUUACUUUGGAAUCCUGGCCGCCACGGAUUUUAUCUUUUGUUUUCUUUCUUACGGGAAACAUUCCCUCAGAUGGUUUGAAAAUAGUCGCAUGUUAAAAUUCUUUUUGCUUACUUUGUUGUUUCGCUUUUUCUUCUACGUAGCUACGUUGUCUAUCUUAAUGAGCGGGCAACCGAUUUACGAAGCCAUUCUCCCAAAUUGGCAAGAACGAAGGCUAUCAAGUGCAAACAGUGUCAUAGUCAGACUGUGUUUCUGUGUGCAGCUCACUGCCGAGUUUUCGUUACACGAGAGUUGUCGUUAUUCAGAGAGAAACGGUAGAGUUGUGUAGAUGAGAAAAAUGGUUUAACGUGCACAUUGCUCGCGAGUCUUAAAAGUUUAUGUGCUGUUAAUAAGUUGAGAAGCACAAGAACCAUAACAGUGAGCUUCUAUGUCAUUUACAUUUUCCUAUUCAAUUGUCAUUCAAGUUUGUCAUCUCCAUCGAUGGUGCGCUUAGCCAGCCUUACUUUUCAAAUGGUACGGAAUACAUAAAAUUUGUAUCGAUAA